AUGGUGCGGCGAGAACUUCAAGAGUUCGAUGAGAGGAGCACGCAGGACUUCCUCCGCUUCCGCAGCAAGAUUAUCGGCAAGAUGGCCCUGGACAGCGACGGGUUGCCCGAAGGUGUCAAGGAGGAGGUCGACGCGCUCAGCGCCACCUUGCUGACGCGGCCCCGGCGCAAGACGAAGGGUGAGGAUUAUUUCUAUGGUGCCAACGGUGUGAAGAAGGACGUUCACACAGGCGUGCGAUGGGCCACGGUUGCAGCCGAAGCCGGCGACAGGGACUCCCAAGAGCUCCUAGCGGUGGCCUUCGGGCGGGGCCAUGAGGACAUCGAUGUCGAUGUCAGCUCGGCGACCCAGGGAAAGACCGGAGCACCCAAGGAGUAUGGUCUGUUUGCUUGCGAUGCAGUGGGACGUACUCCGGUGAGGAUUACUAGAAAUAUGGUGGCCCUCACAGACUCGAGAGAGCAUCUGGCAUGGUCACUGCAUGAUUUCCGGCUGAGUUCGCUGGCGCUCGAAAGGGAGUUGCAGCAGCUCGGCAAAGACUUCGAUGGCCCGUCGGACGAGGAGAAAGAGCCCGAGGAGGUGGAUGCGUAUCUCGCACCCAUCGUCCGCGCGUCACAAGCCUUCGAUGCGCGACAUGAGGCAGAGCUCGAGGAAGCGAAAAAGGAGCGCAAGGCCAAACAGGCUCUGGAGGCAGCUGAAGAGGCCGCGAGUCCGUCGCCGCAGAUGCCCGACGACGUGAGCGACGACGAGCACAAGGCUCAAGAGCAGGAGCCAUACGAUGUCUUCGACUCCUUGAAGGCACCAGCGAGGUCGACAACCGUCAUCCCCAAUGCCUCGGUCGAAAUCUUCCGCCUUGUCGUGGCGGCUCGAAGCUGCACCGUUCAGACCGUGAUGACUCACUGGAAGGAGGUUUUCCAGGCAUCCAGCAGCAGCAGCCAUCGGCUUGCGCUGAUCUACGUGCUCAAUGAGCUGGCUAAGCAGCGGCCUUGUCUGCCCGAGUUGCAAAGUCUUCUCCGGCAGCUCUUGACUUUCGUGGCAACCCUGACCUUCUUGAGCAUGUCGGAGCGCGACAACAUCGUGCGCUUCGUGUUCCAGCCAAGCCCUGCCUCUCCGCGCCGGAGUGCUAUUUGGGAACUGGCUGGCAAGUCCGCAGAAUGGCAGCAGUUCUUCGACGACUGGCGUGUGGACAUGCUACAGGACUCCGUAGAGGCUCCUGAGCAGAAGCGACCUCGAUUGGCUGAGGAGUAA